AUGAAGUUCCAAAUUUGUGCGGUUUUCUUUGCCGUCUUAGUUGUCGUUCAAGCGAGCGAGAAGAAGGCGGAAAGCAAAGCUGCCACUGAGAAGAAGGACAAGAGAGGUUUGUUCGACUUAGGAUAUGGAGGAGGAGGCGGUUUCGGAGGACACGAUUUGGGUGGUGGAAUCGGAGGAGGUUUGGAACACGGAUUAGGAGGACUUGGAGGAGAUUUGGGACACGGAUUAGGUGGAGGAAUUGGAGGUGGUUUGGAACAUGGAUUUGGAGGUGGAAUUGGAGGCGGUGGAAUCGGAGGAGGCGGCAUUGAAACCCAAGGACAUGUCAAGCACAUCACCAUUCACAAGGAAACACCUUAUCCAGUACCACAUCCAGUUCCUUAUCCAGUUGAGAAGACUGUACCAUACCCAGUCAAGUAUCCAGUCCAUGUUCCAGUCGAUAAGCCAUACCCAGUUCACGUACCAAAACCAUACCCAGUCCCAGUCGAUAAACCAGUACCAUACACAGUUGAGAAGACCGUUCCAUAUCCAGUUAGUGUACCUGUAAAGGUACCAGUCCCACACCCAUACCCAGUACCAAUUCCAAAACCAGUCCCAUACCCAGUUCACAAACAAGUUCCAUACCCAGUCAAUGUACCAGUCAUCGUUCACAAGAAGAUUCCAAUCUACGUCAAGGGACACGAUAGUGGACUUGGGGGAGGAUUCGGUGGAGGAAUUGGAGGUGGAUUCGGAGGUGGUCAUGGACUUGAAUUCGGAGGUGGACAUGGACUUGAAUUAGGAGGUGGUCAUGGACUUGGAUUUGGACAUCAUUGA